AGGAGCAGAUUGAGGCAGUUAAUUCCAAGUGUGCUUCUCUUGAGAAAACCAAACAGAGGCUCCAGAGUGAGGUGGAGGACCUCAUGAUUGAUGUGGAGAGAGCCAAUGGACUGGCUGCCAAUUUGGACAAGAAGCAGAGGAACUUCGACAAGGUCUUGGCAGAGUGGAAACAGAAGUAUGAGGAGGGUCAGGCAGAGCUUGAGGGAGCUCAGAAGGAGACUCGUUCUCUUGGCACUGAGCUGUUCAAGAUGAAGAACUCUUAUGAGGAAGCUUUGGAUCACCUUGAGACCAUGAAGCGUGAAAACAAGAACCUCCAGCAGGAGAUCUCAGACCUGACUGAACAGAUUGGUGAGACUGGCAAGAGUAUCCAUGAACUGGAGAAGGCCAAGAAGCAGGUGGAGACAGAGAAGUCUGAGAUCCAGACAGCUCUUGAAGAGGCUGAGGGAACACUGGAACAUGAAGAGUCUAAGAUCCUGCGUGUCCAGCUGGAGCUCAACCAGAUUAAGGGUGAGGUGGACAGGAAGCUGGCCGAGAAAGAUGAAGAGAUGGAGCAGAUCAAGAGGAACAGCCAGAGGGUGAUUGACUCCAUGCAGAGCACUCUGGAUUCUGAGGUCAGGAGCAGGAACGAUGCCCUAAGAAUCAAGAAGAAGAUGGAGGGAGACCUGAAUGAGAUGGAGAUUCAGUUGAGCCAUGCGAAUCGCCAGGCUGCUGAGUCCCAGAAGCAGCUGAGGAAUGUGCAGGCACAGCUCAAGGAUGCUCAACUGCAUCUUGAUGAUGCUGUCAGAGCCCAGGAUGACGUCAAGGAACAAGCUGCUAUGGUAGAUCGCAGGAACGGUCUCAUGGUGGCUGAAAUUGAGGAACUGAGAGCUGCUCUUGAACAGACAGAGAGAAGCCGCAAAGUUGCUGAACAGGAGCUGGUGGAUGCCAGUGAGCGUGUUGGACUUCUGCACUCUCAGAACACAAGCCUCAUGAACACCAAGAAGAAGCUUGAGACUGACCUUGUCCAGAUCCAAAGUGAAGUGGAUGACACUGUU